AUGGAGAACAGGGGUGCGGCUGGGAAGAGGCCAAGCGGCUCCUUCAAACGCACCUCCAUCAAGCGCACCACCUCCGGCUCGCAGAAGGCACAGAAAGCUUGGAUAGAGAGGACCUUUCAGAAGAGAGAAUGCAUUCACAUAUUUCCAACCAAAGAGCCAAGCAGAUGCAGCUGUGGGCAGCUGGUGAACAAGCACGUGGCCAUCCUGCCUGGCUCCACCACAAACAAGAGUGUGGAGGAGAGCAACCAGGUCCCACAGGCCGAUGCCCCGCCAGAGAGAUGGUCUGUUGCCAAGCACACACAGGCCUCCCCGACCGACGCCUAUGGCAUCAUUGAAUUCCAGGGAGGUGGCCACGUCAAUAAGGCCAUGUACAUCAGGGUAUCUUAUGACUCCAAGCCAGACAACCUGCUGCACCUAAUGGUGAAGGACUGGCAGCUGGAGCUGCCCACGCUGCUCAUAUCUGUCCACGGAGGCCUUCAGAACUUCGACCUGCAGCCCAAACUCAAGCAGGUGUUCGGGAAGGGCCUGAUCAAAGCCGCCGUCACCACGGGGGCCUGGAUCUUCACUGGUGGAGUUAGCACCGGUGUAAUCCGCCAUGUUGGAGAUGCCUUGAAAGACCACUCCUCAAAGUCCAGGGGAAAGGUCUGUGCCAUAGGGAUUGCCCCAUGGGGGAUAGUGGAGAACAAGGAAGACCUCAUCGGUCGAGAUGUGACCAGGCCCUACCAGACAAUGUCGAACCCUCUGAGCAAGCUGUCAGUGCUGAACAGCAGCCACUCCCACUUCAUCCUGGCUGAUAAUGGCACCUGCGGGAAAUACGGGGCUGAGGUCAAGCUGCGGCGGCAGCUGGAGAAGCACAUCUCCCUGCAGAAGAUCAACACCCGUCUGGGCCAGGGUGUCCCAGUAGUGUGUCUGAUUGUGGAGGGGGGACCCAACGUGAUCUCCAUUGUGCUGGAGAGCCUGCGGGAAGAGCCCCCAGUCCCUGUGGUGGUGUGUGAUGGCAGCGGCCGUGCCUCUGACAUUGUUUCCUUCGCGCACAAAUACUCCGAGGAAGGCAGCAUGGUGAGCGAGAGUGCGAGGGACCAGUUACUGGUCACCAUUCAGAAAACCUUCAACUACAAUCGUAGCCAGGCCCAGCAAAUGUUCCUGAUGGUGAUGGAGUGCAUGAAGAAACGAGAACUUAUAACAGUAUUUCGGAUGGGCUCAGAAGGACAGCAGGAUAUUGAGAUGGCCAUACUGACGGCCUUGCUGAAAGGCACAAACGCCUCAGCUCCAGACCAGCUGAGCCUGGCUCUGGCCUGGAACAGGGUGGAUAUCGCCCGCAGCCAGAUCUUCGUGUACGGACACCACUGGCCUCCUGCAAGUGCUCUGUCAGCCACAACCACCCCAACCCAGGAGCGGCACAAGAGUCCCUCAGUGGGCCGUGCCAAUAAGGGCAAGGCCCGGGGCAAGAAGGGGAAGGGGGGGAAAACCAAGCCUGAUCCCCCAGAAGAGACAGACCCCAGAAAGCUAGAACUUCUCAACUGGGUCAACUGUCUGGAGCAAGCAAUGAUGGAUGCCUUGGUGCUGGACAGAGUGGACUUCGUUAAGCUGCUGAUUGAGAACGGGGUGAACAUCCACCACUUCCUGACUAUCCCCCGUCUUGAGGAGCUCUACAAUACGAGGCUUGGGCCGACUAAUACUUUACACUUUGUUGUCAGGGAUGUUAAAAAGGGAAAUUUGCCCCCAGAUUACCAGAUCACCUUGAUUGACAUCGGGUUGGUGCUGGAGUUUCUGAUGGGCGGAGCCUAUCGCUGCAACUACACAAGGAAGAGCUUUCGCACACUCUACAACAACUUGUAUGGGCUUAAAAGGCCAAAAGCCCUGAAACUAUUGGGAAUGGAGGAUGAUGACCCACGUCCAAAGGGCAAGAAGAAGGCGAAGAAAAAGAAGGAGGAGGAGAUCGAUAUUGACGUAGACGACCCCGAGGUCAGCCGUUUCCAGUACCCCUUCCACGAGCUGAUGGUGUGGGCGGUUCUGAUGAAGCGCCAGAAGAUGGCGCUCUUCUUGUGGCAGAGGGGCGAGGAGGCCAUGGCCAAGGCCCUGGUGGCCUGCAAGCUCUAUAAGGCCAUGGCCCACGAGUCAUCUGAGAGCGAGCUGGUAGAUGACAUCUCCCAGGACCUGGACAACAACUCAAAGGAGUUCGGACAGCUGGCCUACGAGCUGCUGGACCAGUCCUACAAGCGUGACGAGCAGGUGGCCAUGAAACUGCUGACCUACGAGCUGAAGAACUGGAGCAACUCCACCUGCCUGAAGCUGGCGGUGGCGGCCAAGCACCGCGACUUCAUCGCCCACACAUGCAGCCAGAUGCUUCUCACGGACAUGUGGAUGGGCUGCCUGCGCUUUGGGAAGAACCCUGGCCUCAAGGUGAUUCUGGGCAUCAUCUUCCCACCUUCGAUUCUGUUCUUGGAUUUUCGCAUUGGAGAUGACACAUCUUACCAAGCAUCGGGAGACCACGAGGAAGCAAAAGAGAAGGAUGAGGACAACAAGUCCAGCAAGGAGGGGAACGUCGACGCAGUGUCCAAAAAAGGUGACGAGGAAGAAGGAAAUAAGAAGCAGAGGAGGGUUCCCAUUGGGAAGAAGAUUUACGAGUUCUACAAUGCUCCUUUCACCAAGUUCUGGUUCAACACUCUUUCCUACCUCGUGUACCUGAUGCUGUACAAUUACAUUAUCCUGGUUAAGAUGGAGCGCUGGCCCUCCCUCCAAGAAUGGAUAGUCAUCUCUUACAUCAUCACCCUGGGACUGGAGAAAGUCAGACAGAUCCUGAUGUCGGAACCUGGUAAACUGAAGCAGAAGAUCAACGUGUGGCUAGAGGAGUACUGGAACAUCACUGACCUGGUGGCCAUCUCCACAUUCCUGCUGGGCCUGCUGCUGCGGCUGCAGAACGAGCCCUACAUGGGCUACGGCCGCGUCAUCUACUGUGUGGACAUCAUCUUCUGGUACAUCCGCGUGCUGGACAUCUUCGGUGUCAACAAGUACUUGGGACCCUACGUCAUGAUGAUCGGGAAAAUGAUGAUUGACAUGCUGUACUUUGUGGUCAUCAUGCUGGUGGUGCUGAUGAGCUUCGGCGUCGCCCGUCAGGCCAUCUUACACCCCGACGAGGAGCCCACCUGGCGUCUCGCCCGAAACAUCUUCUACAUGCCUUACUGGAUGAUCUAUGGAGAGGUGUUUGCGGAUUCCAUAGACCUCUACGCAAUGGAGAUUAACCCUCCUUGCGGCGAUAACAUGUAUGAUGAGGAUGGAAAGAAGCUGCCCCCCUGCAUUCCAGGGGCGUGGCUCACCCCCGCCAUCAUGGCCUGCUACCUACUGGUGGCUAACAUCCUGCUGGUGAACUUACUCAUCGCUGUCUUCAACAACACAUUCUUUGAGGUCAAAUCCAUCUCCAACCAGGUGUGGAAGUUCCAGCGGUACCAGCUGAUCAUGACCUUCCACGACCGGCCGGUCCUUCCUCCCCCGCUCAUCAUCUUCAGCCACAUCUACAUCGUCCUCAAGCGCCUCUGCUGCCGCUGCCGCAGGAGACAGGAGGGCGACCUGGACGAGCGCGACCGCGGCCUGAAGCUGGUCUUGAAUGCAGAGGAGCUGAAGAAUCUCUACGAGUUCGAGGAGCAGUGUGUUGAGGAGUACUUCCGGGAGAAGGAGGACGAGGAGCAGUCUUCCAACGAUGAGCGAAUUCGGGUCACAUCUGAGCGGGUGGAGAACAUGUCCAUGCGCCUGGAGGAGGUGAAUGAGAGGGAGCACACCAUGAAGGCGUCCCUGCAGACGGUGGACCUCCGCCUGGCCCAGCUGGAGGAGUUCUCCGGGCGGAUGAUGAACGCUCUGGAGAAGCUGGCCGGGGUGGACAAGUCAGACCUGUGCCGGACCCGCUCCGGGGCCUCCUCGUCGUGCGACCCCUCCUACCUCCUGCGGCACAGCAGCGUCAACAGCGCCGACGGCUACAGCCUCUACCGCUACCACCUGGAACAGGACGACCGGGGCAGCGAGGACAAGGACGCGGAGGACAGGAGGAGCCAGCUGGCCUCGGAGCGCCAGGGCAGCUUCCGCCAGUCCUCCGUCUCCAAGGAGUACGGCCAGACUCUUGAGGUGGCGCCCCCUGCUGACCGGAGGAGGCCCAGCUCCUGUGUGGACAUCCUGAUCUCGCCUUGCGAGCAGAAGCAAGACGCCGCAGACACCCAAGCGCCGCCGUCCUCCGCGGACGGCCCGGCCACAUUGGAAGCCGCUCUGGAGAAAGCCGGUGUGGUGAGGGAGAGGACGAAGCUGAAGGCAGCCAUCUCCUACCCCCUGGAGAAGCCCAAGGCCCUGCUGUACUACCCCACGGAGUCUCUCAGUGGCUCUGCCAUUAAGUCCAGGAGCAGCAUUGUCUUCACUCCAGCUGACGCAGAAGAAGAAGCCAGCUGGGCAACAGACUACAGCGCCUUCAUGGAGCGGGUGACCAAGUCUCCCACGGUAGGCCGAUGGACGGCAUGCUUUGAGUAUAAGGUGCACCCCAACCUAUUUGGACACACGCCGAAAGUGUCCAUCGUGAGGCCUUCCGACAAGUCGUCCGUGACGAUCGGAGGAGAGGAGCCGGACAAGCUGAAAGCGGCAAACACAGAGGCAGAGAGGCCUCAGAGGCCUACAGAGAAUGAGGCAGAGGACGAGAAAGAGGUGGGAGAAAAGGCAACAGACGGCGACCACCUCUUAGUGGACGAGGACAGGAUGUACCCAUCCCUCCGGUCGAAAAGUCUGAACACUAACCCCCGGAAGGUGAAAACCAUGGGGGACAGCUUGGACAAGCCCAGGGCGGCCAGAAGCGUCAAGGACAUCGCAGGGGCCUUUGGGGGCACAGUCAGUCGGACAGAGGCCAAGAAGAAAACACAGUCCAAUGAGAAGGUGAGAGACGAAACAGACUGCUAA